UUGUUAGUUCUCCAAACACCAAAGUCUGAUAGAAACAAAAAAAUUAAUUUACUGUCCCUAAAAAUGUAAGACCUGCUCUCUUUGACUUCCCAUGUGUGCUAUCUGUGUAUUUGAUUACAAACCAUUCCUAUGGACAGAGUGAUUAUUUAUGUUGUGGACAGUGGCAGAUCUGUUCAGUCAAAUUCCUCCCAAAGGGCUCAGUGCACGCAGAGAAUAGGAGGAGCAUCAGCAGCAUUACAGACUGCAGCAAACACAUCUCAUGCAAAAGACAGAAGAGCAGAGAGGAGAAAAGAGAAGAGUAAGAGGAUUGAGAGAAGACUGUGCUGCUUGAGGAAGAAAAGAUAUAAACUGACAAUCAAAUACAUCAGGAGUUACACAAGCAACAUGUCUCGGUCACCAGGAAGAAAGCAGGACAACCACAAAAUAAGCAGAGAACUUUUUGUACUCACAUAUGGGGCUUUGGUAGCCCAGCUGUGCAAGGAAUAUGAAAAAGAUGAAGAUGUCAAUGCCUGUUUAGAUAGAAUGGGAUACAGCAUCGGCAUAAGGCUGAUUGAUGACUUUUUGGCUCGUUCAGCUGUGAAAAAGUGCCGUAGUUACUCUGAAACGGCAGACAUGAUUGCACAGGUUGCUUUCAAGAUGUACCUUGGGGUCACCCCUAGUGUGAGCUGCAAUAGUGCCACAGGGAAUGAAUUCUCCUUAAUCCUGGACAAAAAUCCACUAGUGGACUUUGUGGAGGAGCUGCCAGCGGAACGAGCAUCACUUUGCUAUUGUAACCUCCUCUGUGGGGUGAUUCGAGGUGCCUUGGAAAUGGUUCACUUGGCAGCAGAAGUUUCCUUCCUCCAGGACAGGCUGAAGGGCGAUGCUGUGACAGAAAUAGGAAUUACGUUUUUAAGGAAGCCUGAAGACAGAAAGCACAGAAGGAACAAAUGA